AUGCAGACUCCUCAAGGUCGUGGUUCACGUCCUGGUCGUGCCCCAAAUGUUGAAAGACACAGACAAUUAAGUGGGGCUAACAUGAUGGAGGAUUACUUUGUCAAGCGUCCAGUGUAUAGCAACACAAUUUUUCGCCAACGCUAUCGAAUGCAAAAACCAGUAUUCAAUCGCAUCAUGACAGACCUUUGCAAUUUCGAUGAUUUUUGGAAACAAAAACCAGAUGCCACUAGAAAGCUAGGAUUGCUACCAGAACAAAAAAUGACAGGUGCGUUACGAAUGCUUGCAUAUGGUGCAGGGGUUGAUCAAUGUGAUGAAAUCACCAGGAUGGGAACAUCAACUGCUUUGAAAUGCCUCAAGAAAUUUUGUGUACAAGUGGAGUAUUUGUACGGGGAUUGGUAUCUUCGAGCUCCUAAUGUCGUAGAUUUGCAAAGGCUUCUACACAAAGGACAACAACAUGGUUUUCCCGGCAUGAUUGGGAGCAUCGAUUGCAUGCACUAG